AUGCCAAGCACCAACACCUACACGUACAAGAGCUCUGGAACCAACAACCAGGGUAACCACUACUGCGCCCGCGACUACGGCAGCAGCUCAUCGAAUUCCAACUCGUACCACUACUCCAAUAGCGAAAUGAGGCUGAUGGGCUUCACGGGCAGGAACGGGUCGUUUUAUUACUCCAAUCCGAACGGCAGCACGUACUCCAACAACGGCAACGGCGGAUCGACCUAUACCUCGGCCAGUGGGUACCGGACGUGCUCCGGGUACGGCAAAAAGUAA